AGCUGGUAAAUAGGAAAUGACAAGCGGCACAUGGAACUGUAACUACAGUCAGCCGCAGUUACACACCGAGCGAUCGACUUCAAAGCUUUUACUUGCUGCAGGGUUCAAAGGAAACGAUCGUUCAUGCAAUGUAUAAAACUGCCAAAAAAAAUGUAAUUAAAUUAAUUUAAAAUACUUUAGGAAAAGUAAAAACUUUGUACUGAAUGGGCGUCUUCGAAGGUUAAAAAAUAAAACGAUUAUACAGUCGGAAUGCAAAUGUUUUCAUCAUUAAUCACAUCAUAUGUUGCCUUGCAAUACACGGUUGAAACAUAAUAAGAUAUUAAUUCAACAGUAAUUUUCAAAUUAGUCUAAUGACUUAAUGUACCAUGUGUAGAAUCGAUUGUGUACGUUAGGAUAUUUGAUUUAUUCAGGUUUAUUGAUAUUAUUAUUAUUUGUCUAUUCGCGGGACAAUUCUGAUUAUCUUUUUACCUGCAUUAUUAGGCUAUUACUAUUAUUGUUAUAAUGGCCUGGUUUCACAGACAAGGCGUAUGCCCUAGUUCAAUUGGAAAAUGUAAGUAAUUUUUAUGAAUGUGCCUUAGAAAAAAAAAAAAAAACAUUACUGCUGUGCAUCUUGAGACAAAAAAAGUCUCUGAUAUACUUUAAGAUCAACCAGUGCACGUUUCUUUCAGUUGAAAUAGCCUUAGUCUUAAGCCUUGUCUGAGAAACCGAGGGAGUAUUUUUAAGCUGCAAAGUGUGUUUAUCCAUUAUAUCAGUUAAUGCUCUGUGUAUGUGUGAAACGAACUGUUAGCUUCUUUUCAAAAGUUUUUUUCCCCCUCUGCAGCUCAGAUUUUGUGGGCAGUGCUCUUCUCGCAGCAACGCCCCCACGCGCACAGCGCGAGAGUUUCUACUACAAGACUGGGGCGGUCUGGUGUUCAGAUGACUUGAACUUGGUAUGCUGUUUGUAUGCUUACAGGAUCUGUUGAAUCCAUUAAUCCAUUUAGGCGCUAUAAAUGGAAUUCGUGUGAAGGAAAAAGCAUGGAAAAGUCGGACGCAUGCGAUCCAUACAGCCGACCAGCGCGCAGGACACAAUGGAUAGUGAGUACUCUGGCGUAUCAUUACGGACUAGACCGUGGAGUGGAAAACGAAAUUAUAGUCCUCGCCACCGGGCUGGAUCAAUACCUCCAAGAGAUAUUUCAUCACCUAGACUGUCAGGGAGACGGAAAAAUCCCAGCCGAGGAUUUUAACAUUCUUUGCGAGAUUUUAGGACUCGGUAAAGAGAGUGAUCUGGAGGAGUGCGCGGGGAUAUUGGAUAAUCUACCCAAAGAGUUCAGCUUCAGGCAGUUUCACGCAAAACUCUGCGGUUAUUUCAGUACCAAAGCCGGAUGCCAGUAUGAGAACGGGAGGUUGUUGGUCGGCAAGGAGAGCGAGCAUAUAGAGACGCAGAUCAGACUCAGGAGCCCCUUGAGGAGGCGCAAGAAGCUGCUGUCUUUGGGUACCAGCGUGAAGCGAGAGAGCGGAGAGCCUUCUUCUCCCACCGUGGAUAGACACGCGUCAGGUUGUAGGCAGCUGGGCUCUUGCACCAGGGAAUGCUACGAGGAAAUUGUAGCCCUCGAGGAGGCUGAGGACAGGAUAGCCAAACUCGAGGAGGAGAAUGCGAGUCUCAGGGAGCUGGUGGAGGACAUGCGUGCGGCUCUUCAAAGCAGUGAUGCUCGCUCGCUGGCCUUGCAGGUGGGCCUGUGGAAAAGCCACUCGAAACAUAAACCAGAGGGUGGCUGUUUCAUCGCCCACCAAAGGCAAGCAGCUCAGAAACCCAGCAUUUCUGGAAACCUGAAGGACAUCCAGAGUUUCCUGAGAGAAGUGGAGUACAUCCGGAGUUCCCGGGACGGACAGAUCGAGGAGGCCAUGCUCUUCAACCAGAAGCUGGAGCAGGAGCUGCGAGUAUCACGUGAGACCGUGCUGUUGCUUGAGGAAUGUAACAGGACUCUAAAGAAGGAGCAGGUUAAGAUGAGAAAAAGAGUGGAAGAAGCCAGACAAGCUGUGCUCAGUGGCCUCAAGAAGGUGAAGGAGCUGGAAACCAAAGCCAGUCAUGUGCCGGUUCUGCAGAGACACAUUGAGCAGCUAGAGAUGGAGCUCCUGUUCUACAGGUCUGAAGUGUCUAAAACAUCGGUUCCAUUCAUCAGCAAACCAGACAGACGGUAUAAUAGGGCCGGUCAGACUGCGCCACGCUGUUGCCUGGACACAGAGCAGGAUCGACGCUCUCCGACGGGACGUGCAGAGUCUGUGCCUGACACUAUGGAGGAGCAGCUUUUCCGUUCAGUUGAGGGUCAGGCAGCGUCUGAUGAAGAGGAAGAAAGAUGGACCGGAGAGCAACAGAGACAAGUGGACGAGGUGAAGCGAAUCCUCACCAGACUGUCCUGCUGUGGAGACAGGUGUGAUGAGAAAGCAGUCAAGAGGCUGCUGUCUCAUUUCGGCGACUCGCGCACAGAGGAGAGUCAGACGGCUGUGCUAGAGCUGCUGGAGAGGGUCAUACGACUCAACAAACAACUAGAACUGAAGGAGAGUCAGGCCAAGAGGGCAGAGAUGGACACUGACCAGAUGAGGGACGCCCUGGUCCAGGAGCUGCAGCAGAAGGCCGAGGAGACGGAGCUGCUCCACCUGGAGCUGCAGAUGUUGGAGACGGAGCGGGUGCGUUUGUCUCUGGUGGAGGAGAAACUGAUGGAUGUGCUACAGCUUCUGCAGCAGCUGCGAGAGCUGAAUGUCUCAAGAAGAUCUUUAGGAAAGAUUUUGCUCAGCACGUUGGAGUCCUGCAGUGAUCCUCAGCAUGGGAAAGCGCAUAUCUUGGAGGUGCUCAAUGCUCUUUGUCAUGAACUAGCUGCCUGUGAAAUCCUCUCUAAUGGCGAGAAGAUCGAGAGAGCGCAGAGUCACCAGUCUCUCACCAACUCACUGCUCAUCUCCUGCUAGACCUUACUGCCACCUGAUGGCCACAGGAUGCUACAGACUCUAACUAGCCACGUUGGAAAAUGGGACCAAAAUUUAGCCAUGUAUUUGUCUCUGUUUAUAUUUCUGUGUAUAUUUGUGUACAUCAUUUAGCUCAUUAUCAUUUAUAAUGAAACGUGACUUGACUCAUUUCAAAGCUAUACCUUUUGAAGCUACUUUUUCAGAUUUUCUUUUUGCAGUGUCCAUUGUCGGUCAGUAUUCUCUUUAAAUACACGCACGUUAUACAAAAUUGUUCUUUACAGAUUUAUCGUGUGGUACCUAACUACCUGAUCAUACAGCAACUCUCAGGUACAGACUACGUGAAGCUCAAUACAGACUAGGUCGAAAAGAAGACUGACUAUACUGCUAACAGUUACAGAUGUUAAAUAAUUUAGUAAAACCAAGUGUUCUCCAUAUGUCAAGCAAAGACAGGUGCAACUGUAACCAUCAAUUGUCUUUUAGCACUUCUGAGCAGUUGUGUUGCUCUUUUAUCCAUGAUUUGCAUGAAACAAAAUAUACAGUAUUAGAAAAACCUUACCGUCUCAUAAUUGUGAGUGCCUGUGAUAUAGAUAUAUAUAUAUAUAUAUAUAUAUAUAUAUAUAUAUAUAUAUAUAUAUAUAUCUGACUAUGUGUAUGCAUAGCAUGUAUGUGUGUGCGUGUGUAUUUUCCCAUAGGUUCAUAUAUGGUGCUGGACAAUAUAUCAGAGCAAAUUAAAAGCAUAACUCAUCACGUCAAUCAUACAAUGAUUUAUAUACACACACUUUUCAAACAUUUCAAACAUACAUAGACAUACAUAUUUCAGUUGUUUUUUUGUUUUUUUUUUGGUUUCAAAACAUCUACAAAUUCUUUCAGUUUUUUUUGCUUUAAAUAAAGCUGAAAUAAUUACCAAAUCUAUAGCAUAAAUCAAUAUAAAAAAAAAAAGGUUGAGAAAAAACAUGCAAAGUAGUGCAUCACUAUCCCUUCAUUGGAGAUUGAACGGAAGGCAUACAGCUCGUAUGGUGACACAGGAGGAAAAAAAAAAACAA